AUGUUCAGCGGUAAUUACGUGGAAGAUCAACAAAACCAAAUUUCUAUUGAUAUGCUAGAUCCCAACACAAUGAGUAUUGUUCUACAAUAUAUGAAUAUAGGCUUAAUUGACCUAUCUGAGUAUUCUCUGGCAACUAUUGGCGAUAUAGCAGUAGCAGCAAAUUUUCUUCAAAUGAUUGAAUUAAUCAAACAGAUUGAGUAUACAUUAGAAAUACAAAUGUGUGAGUCUAAUUGGAUGGAGACAAUGGCUAUAGCUGAAACUUCUUCAUAUUCUAAACUUGAGCAACUGUCUGCUGCAUUUGGACUAUAUUCAUUUAAAUCUAUGAAACCAGAAUAUAUUCCAACAAUACAUAAAUUGGCAUGGUAUUUAUCACAUCCAUAUUUAGACACUCAAAGUGAAUUAGAUGUUUUCAAUUUUGGUCUUCAAUGGAUUUUACACAAUGAAACUGGUGCUGAUGCACUAUUAAUUAUUCUUGGAUGCUUAGAUUUCAAAAGGAUAUCAAAACAUGAUAUAGAAAAAAUUAAAAAAUGUUCAAGUGAAUAUGAAAAAAGUUUAGCCCUUAAAGUAGCAGAUUGUCUUUAUGAAUUAUCAAAUAACAACUUAGAGAUAUGUGAAGCAGUUUUAAAUGAUAAAAAAUCUGAAUUUUGUGAAAAGUUUACUGUGCGAGUUUGGAUAGAAACAAUAAAUAUAACAAAAGAAUGUAAAACUCGUCUUUUGAGUUACACUCCAGUGGUGCCAAUGUGGGUCAUCAAGAAUUCUAAACCAGAACUGUUACCACAUUACAUGUACACAUAUAAUAAUGAAAAAGGAUUUGAGCAAUGGUUGGAAGUUUCUGAAAAAAAUUUAUGGGGUUGGAGUGUUAUUUCUUGGGGAUUGACAAAAUUAGUAAUUGUAUGUGGUGAACAUGGGAGAGGCACAGGUAUAUUUAUGAAGGAUGUUAAAGUAUAUGAUACAUUGAAGCAAGAAUGGACAAGACAUGGUGUAGAUUUACCCCCAAGAAGACAUGCUGGCUUAGCUGUCGUUGGCGACUCACUCUAUAUUGUUGGAGGAGUAGGUGAGUUUAGGGUAGUGUUAGAAACCGCCAUCAUUUAUGAUUUAAAGCAAAGAGCUUAUAGAAAAAUAGCUAAAUUGCCUGAUGCUAUUCAGAAUCCAGCUGUUUGCUCACAUAAGAACAUGGUAUAUGCUGCUGGGCAAAAAAAUAUAUUCCGUUAUGAAGACUCGGGUACCUCAGAUUGUUGGAGAAAUAUUGUGGGAACUGAGAUAAGAAUGAGUUGUAUAAGAUCAUACAAAGACUAUAUUUAUUGUAUACAGGGUUAUUUCAGUCAUCUGUAUAGGUUUAGACCAGAUGUAGAUCAAAGGUUGGAAUUAAUAACAUAUUUUUCAAGCCUUCCAGCUACUUUGUGUAAUAUUGGCAAUGAGCUUAUAGUUUUCACAAGAACAGUAUGUGGACAGUCAGAUAUAUUGGCAGUUGAACAAUUCAGUGAUGAUAGUAAAGAAAAGAAACCUGUGGUUCUGUUUAAGCAAACAAACACGUCAUUAAGAGUGAAUGAUGUGGCCGGUUCCUGCUCUUUGGCUAUGACGUUACCUCCUUUGUGUCUGGAACUGUCUCAAUAUCACCAGAAAUAUUUAACAAGAUAUACAGAUCCAAAU